AUGCAAUCGGCCGACGCGUUCCUCCAAGAUGGCUCCGACGCCUUCCAUGCAUCGCUCGCCAACCAGCUCGAGUCGUCGCUCGGGAAGGACAUGCCGCAGCUCGAGAUUCGCUUCAAGGACCUCGCGAUCGCCGCCGACGUGGUCGUGGCCACCAAGAACGGCAGCGAACUGCCGACGCUCGUCAACGAAGUCACGAAGGGGGUGCUGGGUCUCUUUAGCUCCAAGCGAUCGAUCCGCAAGGACAUUCUGCACCCAAUGAGUGGUGUCUUCAAGCCCAGUACGACGACGCUCGUGCUCGGCCAGCCUGGCUCGGGCAAGUCGUCGCUCAUGAAGAUCCUCUCGGGCCGCUUCCUUCUCGCCAAGAACAUCUCUGUCGGUGGCCACGUCACGUUCAACGGGACGCCGUCGGCCACUCUCGGCCCCAAGCUGCCGCAGUUUGCGUCGUACAUUAGCCAACGCGACUUUCACUACCCGACGCUAACGGUCAAGGAGACCUUGGCUUUUGCGCACGCGUGCAGCGGCGGCGCGGUCGUGCCGCAGCGGAUCCUCGACUCGCUUGCCAACGGGACGCCCGACGAGAACGCGCAGGCGAAAGCGGUCAUCAUGUCGCUCUUUGCCGUCUACCCGGAUGUCGUGACGCGUCAAAUGGGCCUCCAGAUCUGCCAAGACACGAUCGUCGGCAACGGCAUGCUCCGCGGUGUCUCGGGCGGCGAGCGCAAGCGCGUGACGGUCGGCGAGAUGGAGUUUGGCAUGAAGAUGGUGUCGUUCAUGGACGAGAUCAGCACGGGCCUCGACUCCGCGGCCACGUACGAUAUCGUCAAGGCGCAGAAAGGCAUGGCCGCGUCGCUCAAGAAGACGAUUGUGAUAGCGCUUUUGCAACCAUCCCCCGAAGUCUACAACCUCUUUGACGACGUCCUCCUCCUCAACGAAGGCUACGUCAUGUACCAUGGUCCGCGCGCCACGUGCUUGGCGUACUUUGAGUCGCUCGGCUUCAAGUGCCCGGCGCACCGCGAUGUCGCUGACUUUCUGCUCGACCUCGGGACGCCCGAGCAGGACCAGUACCUCGUGUCGUCGCGGUCGGCGACGGCGCCCCGCUUUCCCAGCGAGUACGCGUCGGUCUUUACCGAGUCGUCGAUCUACGCGCACAUGAUCGGGCACCUCUCGUCGCCGCCGCACCCACUGCUCGUGAUGGAUGCGACGCACCACAUUGGUUCGCUCCCCGAGUACCACGUGCCGUUUGGGAAGAGCACCAAGGCGCUUGUCCAGCGCCAAGUGACGGUCUUUCUCCGCAACAAGGAGUUUGUCUUGAGUCGCAUCAUCAUGGUCGUCGUCAUGGGCUUCCUCUACUCGACGUCGUUCUACCAAGUCGACUCGGACCAGAUCAUUACCGUCCUCGGCGUCAUCUUCACGACCGUCAUGUUCCUCGCACUCGGUCAAAUCCCGACGAUCCCUGCGCACGUGGAAGCGCGCGAAAUCUUUUACAAGCAAAAGCGCGCCAACUUCUUCCGGACCUCGUCGUUCAUUUUGGCGCAGUGCACGACGCAGAUUCCGUUUGCGUUUCUGGAGACGGUUCUCUUUGGCUCGGUCAUGUACUGGGUCACAGGCUUCACCUCGAGUGCCACGUCGUUCCUCACGUACCUCCUCGUGCUGUUCGUGACCAACCUCGCGUUCACGACGUGGUUCUUCUUCCUCGCGUCCAUCGCACCCAACUUGCACGUCGCCGAGCCCGUCUCGAUGGUGUCGGUGCUCUUUUACGUGCUCUUCGCGGGCUUUAUCAUGUCGGCCGACGAUAUGCCGAGCUACUUUGUGUGGAUUCACUGGAUCGACCCGCUCGCGUGGUGCAUUCGGUCGCUUGCCAUCAACCAGUACGCAGCGCCUGAGUUUCAGAUCUGCGACUACAAGGGCAUCGACUACUGCGCGCGCACGGGCGACACCUUUGGCAACUCGCAGCUCAAGCAGUACGGCGUCAAGACGGGCACGGCGUGGGUCUGGUACGGCGUCAUCUUCCUUGCCGCGAGCUACUUCUUCUUCAUGUUCCUCGCCUAUCUCGCGCUCGAGUACAUCCAGUACGACCCCGCCGAGCACACGCUUGUCGUCAACGAAGACGGCGACGAGAUGAUGCUCUGUGACACGGAUGGCAACAAGGCCACGAGCGCGUAUGCUGAGCCGCCCAAGACGCCGCAGCACGCUCUUGUCGACGUCCACGAAGCGGCGCAGCGCGCAUCGGUGCCGGUGACGCUGGCCUUUCAAGACCUCUGGUAUUCGGUGCCCAACCCGACAAAAGGCGAGCCGGACUUGAAGCUGCUCAAAGGCGUCAACGGCUACGCGCUGCCGGGGACGAUCACGGCGCUCAUGGGCUCGUCGGGUGCGGGCAAGACGACCUUGAUGGACGUCAUUGCGGGCCGCAAGACGGGCGGCAAGAUCGAAGGCAAGAUCCUCUUGAACGGGUACGAAGCGACGGACCUUGCGAUUCGCCGGUCGACAGGCUACUGCGAGCAGAUGGACAUCCACAGCGAGAGCGCGACGUUCCGCGAGGCGUUCCAGUUUAGCGCGAUGCUGCGCCAGUCGGACGACAUUCCGGCCGCGGAGAAGCUGGCGUUUGCCGAAGAGUGCUUGGACAUCCUCGAUAUGAAGAGCCUCGGCGACAAGAUCAUCCGUGGCGCGUCGGUUGAGCAAAUGAAGCGCUUGACGAUCGGUGUCGAGCUCGCGGCGGCGCCGUCCGUGCUCUUCUUGGACGAGCCGACGUCCGGCCUCGACGCUCGGUCGGCCAAGAUCAUCAUGACGGGCAUCCGCAAGAUCGCCUCGACAGGUCGCACGGUUGUCUGCACGAUCCACCAGCCGUCAACCGAGGUGUUUGAGAUGUUUGACUCGCUCCUUCUCCUCAAGCGCGGUGGCGAGACCGUCUUCUUUGGCGACCUCGGCACAAAUGCCAACCAUCUCAUCGAGUACUUUGCGUCGAUUCCCGACACGCCGCCACUUCUUCCGGGCGCCAACCCCGCCACGUGGAUGCUCGAAGUCAUUGGCGCCGGCGUCGAAGCCAAGAACGCCCACCCGAAGGACUAUGUGCAGAUCUUCGACGACUCGGUCGAGCGCCGGUACCUCGCCGAGGCACUUGCAAUCCACGCCAACGUCCACCCGUCGCUGCCCGAGCUCACGUUUGCCAAGAAGCGCGCGGCCUCGUCGAUGACGCAGUUCAAGUACCUCACGCAACGCUUCUUCCGCAUGUACUGGCGCACGCCGUCGUACAACAACACGCGCAUUCUCAUCUCGAUCUUCCUCGCCGUCCUCUUUGGUUUGGUAUACCGCGGCGUCGACUACACGACGUUCUCGGGCGCGACCGGCGGCGUCGGCAUGGUCUUCCUCACCUCGCUCUUUGUGGGCAUGAUCUCGUUCAACAGCGUCAUCCCGCUCGCAGGCGAAGAGCGCGCGUCGUUCUACCGCGAGCGCGCGGCGCAGACGUACAACGCGCUCUGGUACUUUGUCGGCUCGACGCUGGCCGAGAUCCCGUACGUGUUUGUCUCGACGUUCCUCUUUACGAUCGUCUACUACCCGUUCGUGGGCUUGAACGAGUCGGUCGGUGCGUGCGUCUUCUACGGCUUCAACCUCUCGCUCAUGGUCUUGAUGAACGUCUACUUGGGCCAGUUGAUGGCGUACGCAAUGCCGUCGAUCGAGGUUGCGGCGCUCAUCGGCAUCCUCCUCAACUCGAUCUUCUUCCUCUUCAUGGGCUUUACGCCGACCGCGUCGCAGAUUCCGAGCGGGUACCGCUGGCUGUACACGAUCGUGCCGCCAAAGUACUCGAUGGCGAUUCUGACGUCGCAGACGUUUGCGAAGUGCACGGGCGACGACCCGGCGCAGCUCGGGUGCCAGACGAUGCAGAACGUGCCGCCGAGCAUCCUCCAGCAGAUGAACGCGACCCGCGUCAGCGUCAAGCAGUACAUCGAGCACACGUACGAAAUGUACUACGACGACGCGGUCACCGACAUUGUCGUUGUCAUUGGCUGCAUCGUCUUCUUCCGCAUCCUCGCCGUGCUCGCGCUCCGCUUUGUCAACCACCAAAAGAGAUAG